AUGGAGUAUGCUUCCUCGCCGACUGCCACGAGCUGCGACAAGCGCACUGACCUCGCAUCAUCGUUCCCGGCGGAGGAGGGAUGGGUGAUGAGGCCCAUUCCACUUCCCGAGAAGCCCACAGUUAUUGAGGAACGCAACGGCGAGAUAGAAUUUCGUGUCGUCAACAAUGAUGGUGAGCGGGAGAGUCUCAUCAUCCUGAGCGGGUUGAAAUGCGUCUUCCAAAAGCAGCUGCCGGAGAUGCCCAAGAGCUACAUCGCGCGUCUCGUCUACGAUAGAGCUCACAUGUCCAUGGCCAUCGUGAAGAAGCCGCUGGCAGUAGUGGGAGGCAUCACGUACCGACCGUUCAAGCACCGCAAGUUCGCCGAGAUUGUCUUCUGCGCCGUCUUGUCAGAUGAGCAGGUCAAGGGGUACGGGGCGCACCUCAUGUCACAUCUGAAGGACUGCGUCAAGGCAUCAUCGAACAUGAUACAUUUCCUGACCUACGCCGACAACUUAGCCAUCGGCUAUUUCAAGAAACAGGGGUUUACAAAGGAGAUCACGUUAGAUGACUCGAUUUGGAAGGGGUGUAUAAAGGACUAUGAGGGCGGAACUCUCAUGCAGUGCUCUAUGCUCCCAAGGAUUCGCUACCUGGAGCUGGGCCGCAUGCUUCUCAAGCAGAAGGAAUGCGUCCAUGCCAAGAUACGGGCUCUUAGUAAGAGCCACGUGGUCCAUCAACCUCCGAAACAGUGGGAGAACGGCGUUGUUCCCAUUGACCCCCUAUCCAUCGACGCAAUCCGGGCGUCGGGUUGGUCACCUGAUAUGGACGAGCUGGCCAGACAAUCGCGUCACGGUCCGUACUACAAGCAGCUGCUACAUCUCCUAAAUGGCCUCCAGGACCAUCAAUCAUCGUGGCCAUUCUGCCAGCCUGUCAGCGAGGACCACGUCGCCGACUAUUAUGAAGUCAUCAAGGAACCAAUGGACCUCAGUACUAUGGAGGCCAGGCUGGAAGCGGAGCGGUACAUGACACUUGAGGAUUUCAUUAAAGACGCCCAGCUCAUCUUCGACAACUGUCGGCAAUUCAAUGGCGAGAAUUCGCUGUAUGUGAAGUGUACCAACAAGCUGGAGAAGUACAUGUGGCAGCAGAUACGCACGAUCCCGGAAUGGUCACAUUCGGGGUAG